GCGUCGUGCGCGCACACACACGCACAGUGACGGUAGACACAGCGGUUCGGUCGGCCCCGGACGAGGCGAGAAGAGCGGCAAGGAAGAGAGAAGUGCCAUGGUGCCACCAGCACCGCCAUCCCCGCCCUAGCGACGUCGUCGCCGUCGCCUGCUUCUCCUUCCGGAUGCCUCGGAUUCCCGCCGUUUCGGCAGCAGACGACGCCGUUUUCCCGAUCGAAUGCACAGGGAGGUUGCCGGAGUCGUUUCCGCACCGCUGCGUUUCCUAAAGAAAGCCGCGCCGGCACCAGCGGUAGCAAGCUGCAGGCCCUGGCGAAGGAGGCUUAUUAGCGAGACCUCACCCCAACCAUGGACAGCAGCGAAGCGUUCUUCCGUGCCCGAGUAGCUCUCACGCCGCCGACGCCACGUCUGGUCGAGUUGUGAGAAUAUCACGAUUCGAGCGUUCCCGAAAGAGAGCUGUGCCUAUUGAAAGACCUGUAAUCUCCCCGCGAUGGCGGUUAUGAAUGUGUUCGUGACGUGAAAAAGAAGACAUUGGGUGAUUUCUCCGCGCGGCACCUUUCGAACGAACGGGAAGUGGAUCGGCGUGGAUCGCUGCGUUUCUGUUUCUAUUCGCCUUGGAGCGGUGUCUAGUGGCUGGUGCUUUUCUCCGCCGCGGAAGUGAAAACGGUGUUACGUCGCUUUCGAUCAAACUCACGACGCCUACGGGAGGGAUUGUGGGAUUCACUUUCGACGAGGUCGUUCGACAGUGCCCCGAGAGAUCGAUUGACUGAAGCGCUACGAGCUGGUUCAUCUGUGUGCGAUGCUGUUCUAGUUCGGGACGUCGAUCCAUCUCGAAGUGCUGUCGUUGUCUCGAGGAUAUAGAACAACGCCUGGAAAUGUUGCUGGCACGUAGUCGUGGCUGGCUACCGCUCGUCGCUGCGCUCUCCUCCGCCCUCGUGGCGCUCUGCGCUCAACCUGGCGGCGGUGCCGGCGGUGCCUCCUCCUCCGCGGCCUCGACGUCUUCGGUCGGGCCGUCGCCGGACGGCGAGGGUCGCGAGGCGACGACGGGACACCCUCGGGGCUACUACGCCUUCCAGAAGGCCCGGCGGCCCCAGGACCGGCCCCCGCGGGUGCGCAAGCCGCCCUACCACCGGGCCAACGUGCACUGUCCCGAGCGAGUGGUGUACGGCCGCUUCUCGCCCCGCGACACCCUCUGCGGAGACCUGAACAAAGGGUUCAUCCCGCUCAACCCGAUGGGACAGAGGCCGCAGGGAGAACCGUACCCAUUUGAGGUCAUCAAGAAGAAGACCCUGGCGUUCCUGUCGGGCACGCUGCCGCUACUUCGCAAGGACCCAAACCUGCCCAAGGUGGCCAGGUUCGCCGGGAGGCCGCCGCCGGGGUUCGCUGGCAACCUGUUCGCCGUGCCGCCUGGACACGUGUUCGACUACUACCACAGGCGGCGUGGUCGAAGGUCACUGGCAUCUCCCAACUUCACCCAAACGACUGACGGCCCGCAUGAGUCGCUUCGAGACGCGGAACACGAAGCGCCGGGUCAGAGGUCGUACCAGUCGACCGUGCAGGACCUAGCGCGCAGCGUCAACGCAACGUUUAGGCAACUAUGCCAGCACGGAAGUGGAACGCUGUGUACGAUCUAUUCGGCCCUCUCGACGGCCAGGGUGUCGACGGCCGUGUUGCAGACGAUACUGCAGAUGCUGACCGCCCGGACGCCCGCCAUAACGGACAAGGUGCAGGCGGGCGCGUCUGGCUCUUCUUCGUCGUCGUCUGGUUCCACCACUUCCGGUUCGUCGUCGUCUUCUGGCGGAAGCGGUAGCAGCACCCAGAGCAACCUGCUCAACAUGCUCACGUACGCGGCGGACAUCAUCAACGCCAUCAGCCCGGACGCCGCAUCUACUACCCCCGCACCGCCCAUAGUUAACAGGUCGCCGCUGACGCAGGUACUUUCAGCGCUGACCGGCGCUACUGGCACGGUCUCUUCGUCGUCCAGUCCCCUGGUGACCGUCCUGGACCUGAUGACCAGCGACAGCUCGCCCAUCAAGCUGCUGGCCAACGUGUACAGCAGCACCCGCAAGAAGUCCAAGCCGUCCGACUCGGCGCAACAGUCUAGCCUUGAGAACGACGUCGAGGGUCUGCCGCCCACCCCGUGUCCCUCGCUCGAAGAGUACGUGACGCCCACGUUCGCACGCAACUACCAGGGUGUCUGGAAGUACGUGGUUCAGAUACCGCACGAAGGGUACCUCACCCAGACCGUGCAGCAGACGAAGUGCAUGUCGAGCAGGUGCGACUUCGUCGACGGGGGCCUCUGCCACGAGUCCCCGCGCUGGGUGAGCCUGCUGGUCGCCGAGAUCUUCUACCCACACGCCGUGUUCCCCACGAGCUCUCCGCAGCGACGGCGAGCGCCGCAUCCAGCUCCCGCGCAGCCGCCGUCGCCGUACUAUCCGCACCCUCACCAGGCGCCCUUGCUGCUGCAGCAGCAGCCGCCUCCGGUGGGCGACUUCCACGCGUUCCAGCAGUACCUGCAUCGACGCGUGGGCGCCGACCAGCAGCAGCAGCAGCUGCAGGCGCUUACAGCUCAGAAACAACGAUCUCAGGAACAGAGGCCGCAGCAGCAGCCGUCCAAGAGGCGCAGCGACGUCUCGCCCGCGGGACCCAGGGCCGCGGCGAGGUCCCGGUCGUCCUCCUCGUCGACGUCGUCCAAGGACAAGUGCGACGGCUACGACCACGUCGGCUGCUACAUCGUGCGCAUGUACUACGACUGGUUCCUCGUCAACGGUUCGUGCAAGUGCUGGAAGCCCAGCGCGAAGCACGUCUUCGCGGGACGUCGCCGGUGAGACGCCGCUCGCUUUGUACACCAGCAGCGUCCGGGAGCUUCUCGCCCCGACUCCGACGGCAAACACCGUACUGCACAAGGGCUCGUGAUGUAGGAAACACGUGACUCGUGACUGCUGCGACUUCGCUUAUUUAUAAACAGCACAUCCGCAGCUAUAGACGCCAGCGCAGCGUGUUCUGACGUCGCCGUCCUUACGGUGUCCAUCUGUGCGGGGAAUGGCGCAUUCUGAACUGCCGCGCUAGGCAGGAGUGCGGCACGAGUGCUACCGGAGUGUUUUAGUCGUUUAAGCUUUUCUUGCCUGUUAUAAGCACGCGGGUUCUUUAGGUUUGGUGUGUGCAACGCAUGGACGUUUAAGGCGAUAGGUGGAACACGUAAUUAUGAGAGCUUAAUUAUGUUCUGCACAUCGCGCACAUCAGCGAUAUGGACCUAGACUGAUCGAAAGUUGGGACCCCUGUGGUAACCUGGCAGCAUCGCGUACCCCCGUGAGGUUCUUUGUACCCAAAGAAUGCCCAUGAGCAACAGAAGAUAAUCUGUCGUUGGCUAAAAGGUGCGCCAAAGGAUGGGCCAAUGGUGAAGUACGACGCCAAAUCAUCGAGGCUGUCUUAUACCUUGCCCUCAUUAGUGUGCCUGGAGCCUGAAAGUCUUCUGUAAAGAAGGAAACGGUAGCUUAAUUCAUUGCCUGCAAUCGCUAGAUAAGUUGCCAAUCGCUUGGUAGCUUCUCGGUAACGGAUGACCUGCUGCAAUGAGCUUGCUGUGGCACACGCCAUCUUUCCGUUCUACGCGCAGUGGUGUUAGCAGCAGCCUAGAGAAAAAGUGUUGCCGCGACGGCGAUUUCUUUUAUGGUUCACGUACUGUCGGCAAGAGCGAACGUUUCUCCAAGGCAAGCAGCACAGUGUCCGUGGCGUGUUGUACCAUGAAGAAGACGAUCUCUUGGUGUGGUGGUGGGUAUAUUCUUCUAUCGUCAAUUCUCGAACUACACCAGCAGAAGUGGACAGCGGGUGUCAUAUAUGUUUGAAAUCUUGAGUUUCGUUACAGUCGUUUUCUUUCUAUGAUGCCUCGAUUAUGAACUGGGCACGCCUACUAGGUUUACCUCUUCCGGUUCUCCACAAAGAGGUCCUUGCGCCCGGGUCACAUUUGUAUAUGCGUGAGCAUUUCUAUGCCGACCCAACUAGGAAACCCGUCCGUCCGUCACGUAAGACGAAUUACAAUGAAGAAAUUAAUGUACAAAAGAAAAUAAAUUCAAAAGGGAAAACGUGGGCGAUGGUGAAUUUCGAACCUACGACCUCACGCUUAGAAGCCGAGUGUCUUAGCCAUACUUGCAGAAGGCGAACCAUAUGAAUGUGUUGUACUGGCGGUACAAAACAAAUGUCAAAGGAGAUCAGUUACUACGACGGCUUUGUUCAAAGAUUUGCUGAUGGCGGAAUAAAAGCCAUCUCUGGAACCACGUGUAGAGCAGAUUUGACGCGUUUAUUUUAGGCAUCAGGAAAUUUCCGACUGCGAAAAUUUAAUGCCGAGCACGCCACAUCGCCGAUGCGCUUCGGUGGUCGCCGGAUGAGCCUUCCGUUGAGGCAUUGCCUCACCGACCGAUAUGCCACCGAUCUCUAAGUGCUCAUGCGCUUUGUGUCACAGAUAAGCAAUGAAUGAGUUUAUAAGGACGAGAAGUUUUGAUGAGAUCUUGUAUGGGUCUCAUCGCGGUUGAUAAUGGUUCGACGCAGAUGAAUAAGGCACUAACGAACGAUAAGGGCUUACAAUGAUCGGAGCAAUUCUGGUAAGGUUGGUAAGGACCAUAAAGAUUGAUAAUGGUCGGAUUGAGUCCGAUAACGUUGAUAAAGACCGAUAAUAGUUGAUAAGGGUCAGAUCAUCUUCAAUUAGGUUGAUAAAGACAAAUAAGGGUUAAUAAGGAUCGAUUGCGAUAAGGAGACCACCUAUAAGGAUUGAUAAGGGUGGGAUCGAGUCCGAUAAGGUUAAUAAUAAACGAUAUGGGUCGGAUCUAGUCCGAUAAGCUUGAUAAUGACCUAUUAAGUUUGUUGAGAUUGACAAUGACACCGAGCUGCGUGGAAAUGAGCAAGUGACACACUGCUUACGCAUACUUAGACAAAUCCAGCGGAGUUUCUGCGCGAACUUCUUAAACUUGGACCAUUCGUAGACACUGUGUGUGUUGAGAAAGACUUGGAUCGUGCGAAUAUUCGCAAUUUGGAGUGUGAAUCGAACAGUUCUUGUUGAAAUUCGAGUCUAUUCGAUCGGAGAAUCUCAUGCACGAAAUUUUUCGCAUAUUUGUCUGUGGCCGAAUAUCACAGGAUGAGAAUGGUCCUUCUCAACCUGUAAAAUGGCAAGAAUGGGUGUCUGGUGCGAAACAAACGAACAAACAAAUAAACAAACAAACAAGCAAAAAGAAAAGGUUCAAGAUCGCCUUAAACAUGUGUUGUGAAUGAAUCCCCAAAUAGACAACGAGUCAAUAUUAAGAAGCACUGGCUUCGGAGCUAACGCGUAGAGCAGUUAUCUUAUCAGUGAUGGCUAAUUCCUAGAUUGCCUGCGGAUUUCUCACGUAAACUUAGUCGAGCUAUUCAUCGACGAGCUUCACUGUGUUCACUCUGAAGUGGUGUACCAUUACAUUUUUUAAUUUAAUGUUAGAAGAGGUAUUCAGUGUUUGACUCAAUUUAUGGACUCUUAGGUGCAAUAAAAAAUUUAUUCGCCCACUGC